AUGAAAAACCUAGCUGGUCCAAAGUCCCAGCCAUUACGGCGGCUGCGGAAGCCAGGGGCUCCAUCGCCAGCGCCGAAACAUCCUCUCAUCCUCAACGGCGACGCUGCAGUUCAUUCCCUCGUUCCUGGAAGUGACUCCCCUGCAAACGCCGCCCUCGUCAAGCGCGUCUCUGGGUGGAGCCUUUCCAGCACUGAUACGGAUAUUGCUGUUCUUGUUUCCAGCCUUUCCAAAACCCUAACUCGCAAGCUCAAGAACCUUAGAUCGCUGAAUCGAGACGAGUUCGUAGGUCUUCUCGGCUCGUUCUUCCAGAAGUGCGCUGAAAGGAUCGGCCUUGCCAUCAGUGUCGACCCCUCCGACCCUAGUUUCAUCCCCAAAGCGAUUGAAAAGUUGGGGUUUGUGAUUGGAAGGGAAGCCGCGGGACUGAUUCUUGAAGGAUGUCUUAUUCUGGAGGUUUGGGAGGUAAUCGAAACCCUCAUCUUGCAAAAGCUUGCAGGGAAUCUAAACUCUGUGAACUUAGUUGAAAAGCUCAUCGAGAAAAACCAAUCAGAAUUGCUCUGUUUGUGUGUUAGAGAAAUCUCAGACCUUAAGUCUUCUGAGCUUGUUUUGAUUCUCAAAUUCUUCUUAUCCCCAACUGAUGAUUCUUUGAAUAGUAUGAUCUUAGUGAGGAAAAAGUUGGAAAAUGACGCUCUUUUUGCUAUUGAGAAGGCAACUCACAGAGGUUUAGAUGAAAAGGUGACGGCUUUAGCUAGAGAAGCUUCCAUCUUGCUAGCCAUGGCUCAUGACAGGUUUUCAUCUUCGGAGGUGUGCCUACAUUAUGUGUUUGGAUCUUCAAAUUUGGAUGAUCUUGUGCUUUCAUCUGCGAUUUUGAGACUUGAUGGGUCAGAGGUUUUGACACUUGUUAGGUACUUUAUCAAGUGGCUGGAGAAGUACCAGAGAUUUCCCGAAGCUGGGCCUUGCCCCUCAGCAAUGCCAGUUUUGGGUUUAACCGUUUGUGAUAGUAUUCCUUCACUUGAAUCAGUGGCCAGGGGAUUGGGGUUGGUCUUAGAUGAGCAUUUCUCCUAUUUGGUUCUGAGUUCUGAGUUCCAUGAGGAGAUGAGAGCAAUUGAGAGACUAGUGAAAUCUUUUGCAUCAGAAGCUGAGUUGUGUUUGCCCGUGAAUGAGAUUAUCAAGCAUUUGCAGUUGGAAGCAAGGCAGUAUUGAGAUUACAUCAGCUCACCAAUGGAUGCUAUUAAUUGUUCAAAA